AUGUUGCCGCAUAAUAUCGCCGUGACGACCCGAGAUUUAUCCGGCGGCGGAAAAUACAGCAUUCAUCGUACAACCACGUUUUGGGCCCCACCCCGGCAUCAUGGAAGCCGGCGAGACCAUCCUCCAUCGCCGCCGGUGAUUCACCCUCAGCCGGAGAUCUUUGGCAGCCAGUACGUAUUCGCCGCCGCGACGCCUUACCCGACCCGGUACCCUAACCCUAGUGCUCCGCCGCCUCUGCCACCGCUUGCUCCGCCGCAGUAUUAUCAGUACUCAGGGUAUUAUCCGCCGCCACCUCCGUCGAUUCCGACGCCGUAUCAUCAGAAUCCUCAUCAAUACCAUCACGGCGGUUGGGUUUCUCAUGGUCCGAUGAUGCCGCCGGCGACGCCAUUGCCGUACGUCGAGCACCAGAAGGCCGUGACGAUACGGAACGACGUCAAUAUUAAGAAGGAUACGCUGAGAUUGGAACACGAUGAAGAAAACCCAGGAAGGUUUUUGGUCUCCUUCACGUUUGAUGCUACUGUUGACGGCAGUAUCACCAUAAUGUUCUUUGCCAAAGAAGGUGAAGACUGUCGCUUGACAGCAACAAAGGAAGAUCUGUUUCCACCUGUGACAGUAAGUUUUCAGAAAGGUCUCGGGCAAAAGUUCAAGCAGCCUUCUGGAACAGGGAUUGACUUCUCGGCUGAGUUGCUCGAGGAAGCUGCUGAGGCAGAUAUGUAUCCUUUGGCUGUGAAGGCAGAGGCUUCAUCAUCAUCAUCAUCAUCUGUUGAAUAUAAUGACUCAGAGGAUAACCCUCUGUCUCCAACAUCUAACUGUCAGAUUACACAUGCGGUUUUUGAAAAAGAGAAAGGUGAAUACAAGACAAGAGUCGUAAAGCAGAUCCUAUGGUUGAAUGGGAAGAGGUACGUGCUGCAGGAGAUUUACGGGAUCGGUAACACAGUUGAUGAUAAUGUAGAAGAUGGGAACGACACCGGAAAAGAGUGUGUUAUUUGCUUAUCAGAGCCACGAGACACGACUGUCCUUCCUUGUAGGCACAUGUGUAUGUGCAGUGGUUGUGCAAAGCUUUUGAGGUUUCAGACAAAUCGAUGCCCCAUUUGUAGACAACCGGUCGAGAGGCUUUUGGAGAUAAAGGUUAACAAGGAUGGAGGGCAAUGAGUGAAGUGAAAGUGAAACCCUUCUGCAAAGUUCCUUCCCUUUGUUUUAUUGUGUGUUUUCAAUGUGAAGAAGAACCCCUCCCUGCUUGUCUAGCAAUUACACAACAAAGGGUAUGCUUGUGUGUAUAUAUAUAUAUAUAUAUAUAUAUGUCAUUGCACC